UGCUUCCUGCAUUCUGGUAGCAUCUGUGGCAUCCAGCACCUGGAGCGGGCGGGCAAGAAGCUGACGGUGUUCGACUCCCGGUACUUCUGCGUCGUCACCUUCUCCACAGUGGGCUACGGCGACGUCACGCCCAACGUGUGGCCCUCCAAGCUGCUGGUGAUCAUCAUGAUCUCUGUAGCCCUGGUGGUGCUGCCCAUACAGUUUGAGCAGCUGGCCUACCUGUGGAUGGAGAGACAGAAGUCGGGGGGGAACUACAGCCGUCACCGCGCCCAGACGGAGAAACAUGUGGUGCUGUGUGUCUGCUCCCUCAAGAUAGACCUUCUGAUGGACUUCCUCAACGAGUUCUACGCCCACCCCGGGCUGCAGGACUACUAUGUCAUCAUCCUGUGUCCAACAGAGAUGGACGCCCAGGUGCGCCGGGUGCUCCAGAUCCCCCUGUGGUCCCAGCGGGUCAUCUACCUCCAGGGAUCGGCCCUCAAGGACCAGGACCUCAUACGAGCCAAAAAGGACAAUGCAGAGGCUUGUUUCAUCCUAAGCAGUCGCUGUGAGGUGGUCCGCACCGCAUUAGACCAUCAGACCAUUCUGCGAGCUUGGGCUGUGAAGGAUUUCGCUCCAAAGUGCCCCAUUUACGUCCAGAUUCUGAAGCCAGAGAAUAAAUUCCAUGUGAAAUUGGAGGGGUAGCAGUCUCCAGAGGAGUGGCACAGGACUUAUGGCAAGUGUUGAGGUUUGGUUUACAACAUCGCCAUGAGAGACAGCAUCUUCUUCUCAGAAUACAUGGAGAAAAGCUUUACCUACACCUCCUUCCACGCGCAUAAGAAGUAUGGUGUGUGUCUGAUCGGGGUGUGCCGGGAGGACAGUAAGAGCAUCCUGCUGAAUCCCGAGCCACAGUUCAGAAUGAGCCCAAAUGACAGCUGCUUCUACAUCAACAUCACUAAGGAGGAGGGCACUACCUUUAAGACCCAGGGGGAGAGGACGGGGAGCCGGCCCUGCUUGCCUGUACACAGUGUAAUCGCUUGCAUGGGCACUGUGGCCAUAGACCUCCAGGACACAGGCUGUGGGCCCUCUCUCUGUCUCCCCCCGGAGGAAAUCAAGGGUAACAGCAGGAGGCCCAGCAUCGGCCCCGUGCUAGAGGUGCCAGACACUUCCUCUAUGCACACAGGUGACCUCUAUAGCGACCAAUCAGAGGACGAGACCAUGCCCUCCAAUGAGGACCUAUCAACUGAGGGUCCGGCCCUCGUCUUCUAUAUGAAAGGCUAUCCUCCCAACCUGCCCUACAUCGGUAGUUCUCCAACACUGUGCCAUCUAUUGAAGGAGAAAGUACCAUACUGUUGCCUCAGACUGGAAAAGGGUUGUGAGCAUAACAACUUUGAGGAUGCCAAAGCCUACAGCUUUAAGAACAAGCUGAUUAUUGUAUCGGCUGAGACGGCGGGGAAUGGACUGUACAACUUUAUCGUCCCGCUUAGAGCUUCCUACACUUCCUACAGCCUCAAGAAAGAGCUGAACCCCAUUGUGCUGCUCCUGGAUAAUCAGCCUGACACACAGUUCCUGGAGGCUAUCUGUGGGUGCCCCAUGGUUUACUACAUGGUGGGCUCCAUCGAUAACCUGGAUGACCUCCUGCGUUGCGGUGUGUCCUUUGCAGUCAACAUGGUGGUGGUGGACAAGGAGAGCACCAUGAGUGCAGAAGAGGACUACAUGGCUGAUGCCAAGACCAUCGUCAAUGUGCAGACACUGUUCAGGUUGUUCUCCAGUCUCAGUAUCAUCAUCGAGCUAACCCACCCCGCCAACAUGAGGUUUAUGCAGUUCAGAGCUCAGGACUGGUACUCUCUGGCUCUCUCUAAACUGAAGAAGAAAGAGCGGGAGAAAGGCUCCAACCUGGCCUUCAUGUUUCGCCUGCCGUUUGCUGCAGGGAGGGUCUUCAGUAUCGGCAUGCUGGACUCUCUCCUCUACCAGUCGUUUGUCAAAGACUAUAUUAUCUCCAUCACCAGGCUGCUGCUGGGCCUGGACACCACCCCGGGCUCUGGAUUCCUCUGCUCUAUGCAGAUCUCUGAGGAUGACCUGUGGAUUUUGUCGUAUGGAAGGCUCUAUCAGAAACUGUGUUCCACCGUCAGAGACAUUCCCAUCAGCAUCUACAGGACCGAGUCCCAGACAGCAGAUUCCUCUGAGGAGGAAGAAAUCCGUACUCAGUCACAGCUCUCAGUGUGCGUGGAGGACUUAGACGACCCCAAGGAGCAGAGAGACCGAGAGCUCCCCCCUGUGGCCGGAGGGUACCACCGCAGCUCCACCUCCAGCGACCCAUGGGACGGGAAGGCUCCCCUGCUGAGGAGGAAGAGCGUGCAGUGGGCGUGGAAGCUGAGCCGGAGGGGGACUCGAGGGAACCAGCGGGGGGCUCAGAGGGGGGGCCAGCAGGGUCUGAGGGCCAGACGCUCGGAGAGACAGGAGCUGGACGAGCUGGUCAGCAACAGGAUGAAAAGCCUUGGACUCUGGGCCACGGCUUGCGAUGACAUGAGUGAGAACCACUACGUGUUGAUCAACCCACCUCCUGACACCAUGCUGGAGCUCAAUGACAUAGUGUAA